AGGAGAAAAAUUAGAAUGGAAAAAGCAACAAUCAUUUUCGUCAUUGUUCUCCUAAUUUCUUCAUACAUGAUAAUGAGGAGUGAAGGUCAAUUUCGAUGUAACAAAGCCGAGGACUGUGAUCCUCGUGGUUGCAGAGGAUAUACACAUGUAAUAUGUAAAGAACACAAGUGUACGUGUGCCCAUGGUGCUGUUAUUGGCGAUCAAUGUUUAGGAGUUCGUGACUGUAUUCUUGAUGGGUGUCCACCAAACAAUCACAUUAUCUGCCAAUUUGACGUUUGCACUUGUGUCCCAAGUUGAUUUAGUUGUCUCCAAUAAUUGGAAAAGUUCUACAUGUAUGUCUUUAAUUAUCUAGAAAAUUAUGUUUAGUAAUCCAACUAAUAAAAGAUAAAUCUAAAAGUAAGAUAAACUUAUAAUAA